AUGGGACCCAUCGAGUUGAACAAGCGACGUAUCUUCUUUCUAGUCGCUGGCAUCAUAUCCUUCUAUAUCCUUUUCCACGGCCUGUCAUCGUUUGACCGCGACAGCCUCAAGGAUGCCACUGCUCAUAUUCCCCUCCCGGGCUAUCUGAGCCCGACUGAGCACAAACCUCCAAUUGAGGCCGAUCCAGACGACAUAUGGGAUUUCAGUCCCGAACCCUCUCCUGCCGCGCACCCAGAUAUCGAUCCGGCCAACCCUCCAACCACCGAGUCGAAGCCUGUUCAGCAUUUCGAUUUGCAUCCUAUUGCGCGGUUAAUGCAAGAAGCCGAUGACCGGUGGAGAACUUAUGAGUCUGCAAUUUCUACGAGCUUCAGGCAGACGGUGGAAAAAUACAGGAGCCGAUAUGGCAGACACCCUCCUCCAGGCUUCAAGGACUGGUACAGGUUUGCGCGCAAGAGAAAUGUCUUUAAUGUCGACGAUUUCGACCAGAUCAUGGACGACCUUCGACCAUUCUGGGCCGUCAAUGCCUCUGACAUCCGCACCCACGCCGCGCACAUGGCAGAGGACCCCAAAUUCGGCGUUGCGGUCAUCCAUAUCCGGGAUCAUAAGAUCGUGCGGGCGGACAAUCCCAGUUGGAGAUCAGAGACCAUGGAACAGGUCAUCAACAAGUUCGUCGAGUUCCUGCCCGACAUGGACAUCCCCAUGAAUAGGCUGGAUCAACCUCGAGUCAUCGUGCCAUGGGAAGAUAUGCAGGAGAUGCUGCAGAAGGAGUACGAUACUCGGGCAAUGCCUCCCGAAGUGGCGGACAGUUUCUCCGAGGGCCAACCCAAUCUGUUGGAUCUCAGCAUCAAAGACAAAGAACAGGACAAUUCAACUCGGCUCGACGACGGCUGGUUCUUCCGCCCAGGCAAGCAGUAUAUGGAUAUAGCUGCGAAGGCAUGCCCCCCCGAAUCUCCCGCACGGUCAAACAUGACCGUUGCAGAGGCGGACCAGUUAUACAAGGAGUCCACAGUCGGGCUGGUGGCUAAUUUCAAUCUGUCAUCGGAUCUCUGCACUGUCGGACCAACCAUUCAAAAUCUCCAUGGCUUGCUGUAUUCGGCCAGCAGUAUUAUCGCGUCCCACAAGUUGGUGCCCAUCUUUGGCGAAUGCAAGGUCAAUGUCAACAGUGACAUCCUGUUCCCGGCCAACAUGUACUAUCGACACGAUGAUCGAUACGACUACAAUGCCUCGGACGAUUUGGACUGGAGGGACAAGGACGACACUAUAAUCUGGCGCGGUGUCACUUCUGGAGGCGUUCAAACUGGGGACAAUUGGCAGACCAUGCAUCGACAACGACUGGUCCAGCUUACCAACGGUACUUAUGUCGCCAAGUCUGCAACAGAGGUCAAGGUGCUCACGGAAAAGCGAGACGAUCCCGCCGCUGAGAACACGACUUAUGAGCUCUAUGACCGAUUCCAGCCCUCGCAAUUUGCAGACCAGCACUCCGACAUUGGAUUUGUCGAAUCCUGGGGCUGCGUGCCGGAUUGCUCGUUCUACAACAACGUCUUCUCCUGGAAGCCACAGGUCUCUCUCACGUCGCAGUUCAAGUCGAAGUACCUGAUCGACGUGGACGGCCACUCUUUCUCUGGCCGCUGGCGUGCGUUUCUGCAGAGCAAAAGUCUCGGUUUCAAAGCAACAAUCUUCCGCGAAUGGCACGACAGUCGACUUUUGGCAUGGAGACAUUUUGUGCCCGUCGACAAUCGAUAUGACGACCUAUAUGCCUUGCUUACCUACUUUAUUGGUUAUGGAGAGGCGAACAAGGAUCAUGCCGUCGAGGAUCAAGAGCUCAACCCGCAGGUGUAUAUCGCGCCGCAUGUCAAAGAGGCGCAGAAGCUGGCCAGACAAGGUCGGGAGUGGGCCAACAAAGUCCUCAGAAGAGAGGAUAUAGAGGUUUACAUGUUUCGAUUGCUUUUGGAAUAUGGCCGCAUCAUUGACGAUGGUCGAGAUUAUAUUGGAUAUUCAGGUGACGGCAGCGAGUUGGAUAAAUUCGAUGCCGGCGACGAAAAAGAUGGACUCUGGGGUAUCGGCGGAUGGAAAAGGUAA